UCAGUCCGGGCUUGUUUUAACAUAACCGGGGGGGACUUCGACAAGCCAGAGAAAAAAGAAAAAAAAAAAAAAAGAAGGGAUAAUGUAGUAAAUAAGCCGCCGUGGCUGUUUUUAGGGGGGGGACCCGGCUGUGAGCUGAGAUGUUGCAGCAUAAUGGAGAUUUGCUGGUGGUUUAGUGUGUGAGGUGACAGUUUGAGAGGGCCGCUGCUGCUGCGGCUGAAGCCGAGAAUGAGCGCUGCGCCUCGGCCUGCUCCCCGCGCCGCGGCCGCUCUGCCGCACAUCCUCCACACAGGCUCCGUGCCACACUAUCACACAGCCGCUGCCGCUUUCCCGGCGACCCACGUCCAAAUGGAUAUAGGCAUGACAACAUGAAUCAGUCUUACAGACCGGGUCUUAGGGUCGGCUCAGUGUUUGGUUCCAGCCAGCCAGAGCUGAGGCCCCACAGUGACCCUUUAGGGACUUCCUAUGGAAACCAGUGUGGCAGUGUGAAGCGUGGAUCGGGCCAGGUGCCAGCCCUGCAGCUGCCACCCUCCAACCUCAAACAGCCUGCCUUUCUGGGGUAUAAUCAGCCGGAGCCGCCUCGCUACUACAGUCCGCAGAGGAGGCCGCAGCACCUGAACAACACUGCACUGAACAAACCCGACCUAGAUCGGGACCUCCCUUUUCGGAAGAACUUGAACUGUGCAAGUCCAAUCAGCGAUGAGGAUGAAGAUGAUGAGUUCGAGGCACCGUCGGUACAGCUGCCUCCUUCUCCGGGUAGCAGUGAGAUGGAGUCUUUCGAGGCCCUGCAGGAUGCGAACAGAAAUGGCUUCUCCCCUAACAGUCCCGACAGCUUUGAGCGCUGCUCUCCCAUCCCGAAUGGGUGCCUGCAUUUUGAGUCCACGCUGUUUGACAGCACAGACGUUAAGGAGGAGGACGAGGAGGGCGAGCGUGAGGGCGGUGAGGGCCUCGCGCCCUUUCGCCGCGCCGCAGACUCGGGCCAGGGCCGAACUGUUACAGAGAGUGAAACCACAUGCAACUCAGGGCAGGACAGAAGAACAUACAAACCUACAGUCUUUAAUCUGAUGUCCAAAACAAUUUCUGAACUUAAUCCUACACUAAGCCCCAGCGCACUGCCAGAAAUCACUAUGGGGGACACGUGGAGUUUGGGUGAGGAGUCGGACAGUGAUGCUGAACUCACCUCUCCGGUCGACCCAGGACUCAUCUCACCAGCGGGCACCAACUCUAAUUCCAACAGCCCAAAGAAAAAGCUUCUCCAUGCAGUGAAAUACUUGGCAGGGGACUUGGUGUGGGCCAAAUUCAACAGGCGGCCCUGGUGGCCGUGCAGAGUCGUCUGUGACCCAGAACUGGGGCUUCACACUAAGAUGAAAGCUCCAAGUCUCCGUCCUUGUCGGAUGUAUUUCCUGGAGACGAUCGGGGAGGUUGCAGAGUGUUCCUGGGUCCCAGCGAGUGUCAUUCUUGCUUUUGAGGGGGGGCAUCAGUUUGAAAACCUUCCUGUGCUUCGGCGGAGAGGGAAACAGAAAGAUAAAGACUACAAGUACACGAUUCCAAAAAGUUUGCUGACUGCGUGGAAAGUGGGCGUGGCGGAGGCUGAGUUUCUACUCCCUGGUCGUCAAAAGAAGAGUAAAGGUGAACUUUCAGGAUCCAUCAAUGGAGAGGAACGCAUGCUCAGCUCUCCCCCCACUGAAAAGACAACAGAGUCUCCCUCUGUUGACCCAACUGCUCCACCGUCACCCGGCCGGCCCCCCAAUGGAAAUGAGCCCCAUCUCGUCAAGAACUCUACCGUUCAAACAGUCAAGAGCAAAGGUUUCAAGAAGAAAAAGAAAUGUUUGUCCGACAUAUUUGGUCAUAUAGUUGGAGGAUCAAAGGACUCCGGUGCCGUUGCAAACGUGGCAGGCCAGGUUCAUACAACACACGCACUGAAAGAAGAGCCCAAGGACUCGCCUUAUGCUGAUCUGGAGUCGGUUCCAAUGCUGCAUCGUCCUAAACGCACAUCAGUCUCUCCAGUACGGGAUAAAGCUGCAGCGGCCAGGAAGGAAUCUGGUUUGUUGAAACCUAAGAAAUCAACUGAGAAAGUGAACCGGUGUUCGAGUUCCUCUGAUUCCUCCAGCGUUGUUAAAAAUAAGUUAGCAUGUAAAAAUGCUGAACAGAGUUUGGGCAGCGGCGUUGAACUGUCUUCCAGUUCAAGUGAAAAACACUGUGGGUCUCUUCCUGCCAGCAGCCGUCUGAUGACGAGGGCUCUCAAGGCAGAGGAGGAAACCGACCUCAAAGAUGCGCUGGCUGCAAGCCAGAUCUCAGCAGACGCCUCCACUGAUGAUUGUUCUCAUAACUCACCUGCCAAUACCGCAAUCACAAGUGAAACGUCGCCUCAUUGGGAAUGCCCCAGACACGCGUCGUUCUCUGUAAAUCACAGCUCUCCAAAACGCCGUGCGAGGAAGCUUGAUAAGAAACUGAUCCGGAACGGCUCGCUGAUUAAGUCCAAGUGUGAGGGUUUAAGUGAACCUGCUUUCCAACCAGUUAAGAUCAAAACAGAAAACAGCCUCCCUGAUCCAUCAACUACCUCAACAGCUUUGUCUCUGCAUCAAAUGGACACGUUCCAGGAUGUCAAGGAACUAACGUUCAAGUCUCUUGUGAAGGAGGACAGCAGCGACUCGGACCCGUCGCUGUUUCGACCUGAUUCCAAUUAUAGAUACAGUACUAUCCUGAUGCUCUUGAAGGACAUGCACGAUACCAGAGAAAAAGAAGGCAAGCCUCUGAUGAUCCCGCCAUCCCCCGCCUUAAUCAAGGAGGAACCCCUGAUAAUCCCCACCUCGACAGGGCGUGACCCACAGAACGGUUGUCGUGUUGGUUUAACACACGGGAUCAAAUUAGAAAAUGGCCAUUCGGGGAAAUCUCCGUCGUCUCAGGGUACGCCGUCGAAAACCAAGGCUAGGACGAAGGCUAUUAUGAAAGCCGGCGCCUACCACUGUGAAGACUUUCCCGCCAACUCUCAGAUGGGUAGUGCCGAAAAGCAGCGUAGGAAGCAGAGACUUCCCGCCAAACUAAAAACCAGGAUACCCGGCCUGUCUUCGGACCUGGCUGAUAUCGCCUACGGCAGGGAGUUCGUCAGCGGCCACGCUGACUUGGCCAAGCCGGGAUCUGGCCCCCUCAUUGCUGCUGACCCGCCUGCCAGCUACCUCGACAAGAACUCUGACACAUCGAUGGCUCCAAAGAAGCGCUGGCAGGUGGCCGGGGAGGCCGCCGAGGUGAAGCGUGACGUGGUGAGCGAGGCGCCGGCUGUGGUGGAGUGUUUGAUGGCGGGGGCUCCACCAGAUCUUGAUCUGGGAGCUGACAAGCAUGCGGAGAAUGACUCGCAUUCCUCAGACACAGGCAGCAUGACAGGAAACGUAGAGAACAAACGCCUCCGCAAGCCGACUAAGAGACUCCUGGAAUCAACUGAAGAAUAUGAACAAAUAUUUUCCCCAAAAAAGAGGUCGAAGAAGCCCACCUCCGAGACUUGCAAAAUGGACACUUCAGGGACACCGGCCCUCCGUGAAUUCCCUGCACCAGAGGGGGUCAAUACCUCAACCUCAUCGUCAGUAGAGGCCACCGAGACUCAGGCAGAGAUGGAACCAAGUCCCUCUCAGGGUGAGCUUUCUCCUGUAGCAUCAUCAGCACAUCCUGCCACAACCCAACCGAGUGUCGACACAGAAGCAGCAGAGGAAACAAAUCUAUCUCUUGAAUCAGAGGUGGUAGUUCCAGAAAGGAGGCGGCCGAGGAAGCCGUCUCACAGGCUGCUGGAUUGCUCAGUGGAGGAGGUGUCUGCUGCUCCUGCAAAGAGGAAGCAAAAUAUGGGCAUCACAUCAGAAGUGAAGGUGGUAGUCAAGAAAACGCAGUGUGCAUUUGUGAAGAAAGAAAAGCCGGCGUCCGCCACACCCUCCGCCCCCGCUGCUACCUCCAAGCGUGCAGAGAGCAGGUCUCCGAGCCCCCGGCAAUAUAAGACCCCCAAGCAGGAGGCGGAGAUGGAGCCCUGCAGCACUGAAGACAAGCCAAGUGCACACAGUGGAAUACUAACUCCCAAACUGGAGGUGGUACCGUCUAGUUCGAACGGCAGUCUCUCCUCUCAGGUGGAUGUAAAGGGGAGAUUAGGAGCUACGUCCUUGAGGGAGAAUGUGUGUCAGGUGUGUGAGAGGACGGGAGACCUGCUGGUGUGUGAUGGCCACUGCUAUGGAGCCUUCCACCUGCGCUGCAUUGGCUUGUCUGUGGCUCCCAAAGGAAAGUUCAUCUGUCAGGAAUGCAAAACUGGUGCUCACACAUGCUUUGUGUGUAAGAAGUCUGGUAACGGGGUGAAGCGCUGCAUCAUACCAGUCUGUGGGAAAUUCUACCACAGCGACUGCAUCCUGCCCUACUCAGCCGCCCAGUCCCAUAACAAAGGCUUCCGCUGCCCACUGCACGUGUGUCUGUCCUGCCACAUCGCCAACCCACUCAACAUCUGCAGCUCCAAAGGUCGGUUGGCUCGGUGUGUGCGCUGUCCUGUGGCCUAUCACGCCAACGACAACUGCAUAGCAGCAGGCAGCCUGGUACUGGCCAACAACAGUUUCCUCUGUCCCAACCACUUCACUCCCCGCAAGGGCUGCAAGAACCACGAACACAUAAACGUGAGCUGGUGCUUUGUCUGCUCUGAAGGCGGGAGUCUGCUGUGCUGUGAAGCCUGUCCUGCUGCUUUCCACCAGGAGUGUUUGAAUAUGGAAAUGCCUCAGGGCAGCUGGUUCUGCAACGACUGCAAAGCUGGAAAGAAGCCUCGUAUUAAGGAUAUACUGUGGGUCAAGUGGGGGCGUUAUAGGUGGUGGCCUGCUGAAGUCUGUCUGGCUAAAGAUGUCCCGAAUAACAUCCUGCGGAUGAAGCAUGAGGUGGGAGAGUUCCCAGUCCAGUUCUUUGGCUCCAAAGACUUUGUGUGGACUUACCAGGCCAGAGUCUUCACUUAUAUGGAGGGCGAUACUCACAAUAUAGAAAAAAUGGGCAAAGGUGCAGAUGCAGUGUACAAGAAGGCCCUGACUGAAGCGGCAGACCGGUUCAGAGAGCUCCAAGCAGAGAAAGAAAUAAAGCAGCUUCAAGAGAGCAGAAAAAAUGACCGGAAACCGCCUCCGUAUAGGCACAUUAAGGUAAACCGGCCCAUUGGAAAGGUGCAGAUAAUCACGGCUGACAUGUCGGAGAUCCCCCGUUGCAACUGUAAGGCUUCUGACGAAAACCCGUGCGGCAUCGACUCGGAGUGCAUUAAUCGCAUGCUGAUGUACGAGUGCCACCCUCAAGUAUGUGCUGCAGGGGAGCGAUGUCAGAACCAGGCUUUCAUGAAGAGGGAGUACACAAUUGUGGAGAUUUUCAGGACGCUGUCCCGCGGCUGGGGUCUACGCAGCGUGUCGGACAUCAAAAAGGGAGCUUUUGUGAGUGAAUACGUGGGAGAAGUGAUCGAUGAGGAAGAAUGUCGAGCCAGGAUCAGACACGCUCAGGAGAAUGACAUCUGUAACUUCUACAUGCUUACACUGGACAAGGAUCGGAUCAUUGAUGCGGGUCCCAAAGGGAACCAGGCUCGCUUCAUGAACCACUGUUGUCAGCCGAACUGUGAAACUCAGAAGUGGACUGUCAAUGGAGACACCCGGGUGGGGCUGUUUGCUCUGCAGGACAUCCCCAAAGGUGUGGAGCUGACUUUCAACUACAACCUGGAGUGUCUGGGUAAUGGGAAAACUGCCUGCAAGUGCGGAGCGCCCAAUUGUAGCGGUUUCCUGGGUGUUCGACCAAAAAGUCAGCCACAAGCGGAGAAACCAAAGGAAGGGAAAAGGAAGAUGGGCAUGAAGAAGAAGACCAAGCAGCAAGUAACGAAGGAGAGGGAGGACGAGUGCUUCAGCUGCGGUGACGGGGGUCAGAUCGUGUCCUGUAAGAAGCCGGGCUGCCCGAAGGUCUACCAUGCUGACUGUCUUCACCUGGCCAAGAGGCCUGCAGGGCGAUGGGAAUGUCCUUGGCACCAGUGUGACAUCUGUGGGAAGGAGGCGGCUUCCUUCUGCGAGAUGUGUCCCAGCUCGUUCUGUAACGAGCAUCGAGAAGGCAUGCUCUUUAUCUCCAAGCUGGACGGCAAGUUGUCCUGCAACGAACACGAUCCUUGUGGGCCCGACCCGCUGGAACCAGGGGAGAUCCGUGAAUACGUGCCCAACAUGGCCUCCAUGAGGCCCGUGCCGGGGCCCACCGCUCCCUCACUGGUCCAAGAAGAUAACGGAGCCACCUCUUGUUCUUCCCCCACUUCUGUAGCCAUCCCUUCCUCUACCAGCGAGACGCCACCAUCCGGGAAAGAGCCUCCUCCUCCUCGUCUCUACAUCAACACAAAGACUGCUACCUCCAGCUUCGUCCCUUCCAGCAGGUCUUACCUCACAGACAGAACUGACAUGGACGCUGUCUCCACUCCUGCAUCCUCCCCCCUGGACAUGAAAGAGGAGGGAGAGGUGGAGGAUGGGGAGGUGUGUGGGAUAGAGUUGGAAGAGGUGGAAGAUGAUGAUGACGAUGAUGAUGAUGACGAUGAGGAGGAUGAUGAUGAUGAUGACGAUGAGGAGGAGGAGGAUGAUGAGGAUGAGGAAGAAGACGCUGAAGAGGAGGACGGGGAGGAGGAGGAAGAGACGGAAAUGGAGGAGAUGGAGAUAGUGGAAGAUGAAGAUGAGGAAGAACCGGUAUAUGGUGGUGACAUAAUCGAGGAUGAUGAGGAUGAAGAGGACGAGGAGGGAGGAGACGUGUAUGACUCUUCGGGUGAUUGCUUGGAUGAAGAUGCUGAGGAUGGAGAGGUGGAGGGGGAACACUUGGAAUGGGUGAGCGUGGAGGACGAUGACAAGUGACGCCUUCACUGAUCCCCAGCAAGAUCCCUCAGCAGACACUGAUAGAACUGAAAGAGUUAAAUAUUUUGGUACCCACUUGAACGCAACACUGCCUUCAUUUUGGUACAACUUUGCCUUCUCAUCUCCAGACUGCUGGACUCACAGUGGAGAUGUGUGCUGGUGCUAAGAAUGGACAUUAGUUUCACUCAGUCUUUUUCUACUUCUGUCAAUAUGUUUGUUUGUGUCUGGUGCUGUUUGGUUCUGUUGUUUCACUUAUCACUGUUUACAUUUUUGGCCUUUUUUCUUUUUUUUUAUGUUUGGAAUACCAGAAAAAGGAAAAAAAAAAAACUUGAAAAGUUUCACCCGACCAAACUGUCAUCAUAAGGGCGUCUUAUGUUCUUGUUACUGUCUUAACAUUGUAUUUCUAUUUCCAAGAGUCUUUGAGCUAGUGUUCUCACUCCGUGUUACAGUUGGCCGCAGCAGCACCCUCUUGGUGCUUGUGAGGAGUGCAACAAUAAACCCACUGGAACUAUCAAAGCAAAACAUAAUGGUUCUCACAACAGAUUUGUCUGGAUUUCUGUUCUCAAACUGAAAAUUAUUGUUCUUUUCCCCCCCCUGAACAGGUAAGUUUGUGGUACGAACACAGAGAAAUAAAAAUGACGUCAUGGCAUCACAGAACCUAAAACUGCAAGUGGCUCAUACGUUAUCACUGCCGCUCCGCCGGCUGAACUACCAGAUUAUUUUACAUCUCGGGUGUUGAACACUUCACUGGGUGGUCUCAGCCAGGACAGGAAGCCAUCCCUCAUA